AUGACAAUGUCCAAGGAAGAGCCAAGGAGCAAAUCCAAGAUCUGUGCCAAUGUUUUCUGUGGAGCUGGGCGGGAGUGUGCAGUGACUGAGAAGGGAGAGCCUACCUGCCUUUGCAUUGAGAAAUGCAAACCUCACAAGAGGCCUGUGUGUGGUAGCAAUGGCAAGACGUACCUGAACCACUGUGAGCUGCACCGUGAUGCCUGCCUUACUGGCUCCAAGAUCCAGGUCGAUUACGAUGGCCACUGUAAAGAGAAGAAGUCUGAGAAUCCAGCUGCAAGUCCAGUCGUCUGCUACCAGUCAGACAGGGACGAGCUUCGUCGCCGUGUCAUCCAGUGGCUGGAAGCUGAGAUUAUCCCAGACGGCUGGUUUUCCAAGGGCAGCAACUACAGUGAAGUCCUGGACAAGUAUUUCAAGAGCUUUGACGAUGGCGAUUCUCGCUUGGACUCCACUGAAUUCCUGAAGUUUGUGGAGCAGAAUGAAACUGCUGUCAACAUCACCACCUACAUGGACCAGGAGACCAACAAGCUGCUCAGGGGACUCUGCGUAGAUGCCCUCAUCGAGCUGUCAGAUGAAAAUGCUGACUGGAAGCUCAGCUUCAAUGAAUUUCUCAAGUGCCUCAGCCCAUCCUUCAACCCACCAGAGAAAAAGUGUGCCCUGGAAGAUGAAACCUAUGAGGAUGGAGCAGAGACCCAGGUGGAGUGCAACCGCUGCGUCUGUGCCUGUGGGAACUGGGUGUGCACUGCAAUGACAUGCGAGGGGAAGAAUGAGAAGAUGCCUGCUCAGAGACAGCGACCUGAUCAAGACUUGACCGAGGAGGAGCUGGCUAGAUAUGUUCAGGAACUGCAGAAGCAUCAGGAGACGGCUGAGAAGACCAAGAGAAUGAGCACCAAGGAGAUGUAAGGGGCCUCCACACCGGAGGAGCCCAGGAGGAUGGGCCCAACCCACCACCCUGUCCUCCAGUGCUGAUCUCAGUAUGCACAAGUGUCUGCUACAGUUGCCCAGUCACAGAUAUUUACAUUGUAUAGCGAUGGGUUAUUUGUUUUGUAAUACACAGAGAAUGGGGCCAGGAAGGGGGAGCAGAGCCCACCUGUUCAGGGAGCUUCAUUGUUGGGGCCUUGGAAGGCUGGGAGGGACUCACAGCAGCCUCUGGGACUCUUUCCCAGAGCAGAUAGCUGCUCCCUCCAAGAACUAACAGGGAUUUCUUGUUCUCCUGGAUCUGGGGAAAGGAGGGAGGUCAGUGCUGGAUAGAAAAGGGGGUCUUCAUUCAAUAACAGUUGUCAACACCAGCCUUGGCUGCAGAAAUACAGGCCUGGCAGUUUUGUGGCUGAGCACAUGUGCUGCAGGGCAUCAUUAGCCAAGGACCUUGCCCUGCUUACCCUCCCUUUGGUUCGAGCUCCUCAAAGCUGGUCAGCCUGGUGUGACACCUGGAAGCUGUGGUGCCAUGCUGCUGGCAUGAGUCCAGCACAUUCCUCCUUGCUUUCCACCGGACUGUCCCCAGCAGCUCCUCCAGUACAUUGUGGGUUCCAACACAACAUGGUUCCUUUUGACCUCAUCUCACUCUUACUCUCCCUGCCCCCUCCUUAGAGGUGCUAUCAUGUUUUUUUCUUAUCACAUUCACAUGCUGACUCCCCCUUUUGUUUUGUUUUUUAAAUUACUUUAUUUCUUAUGGUAGUAAUUCAGCUUUUGUAUGUUUCGUAGCUCUAGAUCUUUCAAGAAGACGCAGCCUGUGGGUUUUUGUUAUUGACAGUGCUGUAACGCCCAUGCACAGUUUGUAUCGCACUGCACUCAGCCACCACAAACACCACAAGCAAUUUGUGAGUCCUGUGCUACAGGGUAUUUCUCAACUGGGGAUAGCAAUGUCCCUCGUGGGAAGAAGACACAGGGCUGGAUGUAAUUAGUUGCUCCAGCACGGAUUGACACCACAGCUCUCUAGCUCCUUUAGCUAGUGUUGACCAUGUGCUCAAAGUCUGUGCUCGUGCCUCUCUCAGUUCCCAGAGGGAAGUGCCAAGUAGUCUAGAGGCAGAGGGAACAGGCAAUCCCAGUAGUAGGGUGUCUUCAAAGGCUUAACUCCAUAGAAAGCUGUUUAGUUGGGAGUCUGGGCUGUAAGUCGUCAUCUUGGGCUUUCCAUCUCCAUCUGGGUGAGGCAGCAGCAGUAUUCUUUGAUUCCAGGUCUGAGUUUGGAGGCAGGGCUGGAAGCCUCAUUACAGAUGCAUUUCACAGUGUCUUUGAUCAGCUUUGACCACCCUCACAUCCUUUGAUGGGUCAUUUUCACCUGACCCGUUUCUCAGAGCGUUGGUCCUAGAUAUAUAUAUGAAAUGCUGUUUUGUUGACAAUCACCUCUGUAGCCUCAAGCCCAGCUGAUUUUCUCCUGCAGUCGUCAAAUGUACUUCAUACACACCUGAACAUGCAGUUUCCACAUUCCCUCAUGCCCCUGCCAUGCACCCCAAGCAGUUGCACAUAUCCUGAGAUGAUCGCUUGUGACUUCCAUCUUCCUGUUGGUGAGCGCCGUCAGCAUUGUUGCCAGGUAUCUUGCAGCCCCCUAGUGCUUUCUCAAGCAAAACUCCACAUGCAUCUGCAAAAGAAUGUUCUGCUUUAGUGAAGAUCAGCAGGACUUUUGUCCCAACCUUCCCCCUUUUGCACGGUGCUUUCCUUGAAGAGGAAGAAUGAGCUGGUACCUAGCAAGUGUAGGGAAGAAGAAGGCUUGGCCACUCCUGUGGUCUCACCCAUAAGCCAGUUUUGUUAAAGGCUGUCUGGUCUUUGAGCUGUUUUCCUGCUGUGAACCCAGAGGACUUCCACUGUUUUAGGCACAGUGCCACAUUUCUAGUGAGAAUCGUACCCUACCCGGCCCUGCUUGGAGGUUCUGGCAUAAUACAUACCGAAGGGGGCUGGUUCUUCUCCUAUAAGGGUCUGGAUUUAAGAAAGUGUCACCUGUGAAGGUGAGGGGAAUGAGUCUGAGCUGAGAGUGAUGCGGACAAUGCUACACUGGGACAGAGUCGUUGUUUGUGUUCUGGUGGUGCUGGAUGAAGUGGUUGGUGGAGUUAGGAGCACCCAUUAGAUACACCCUCACCUCCAACAGUAGGAGAGAAACACCUUCAUGUGCUGGAUCUGGAGUCACAGGAACAUUCUUAAUAAAUGUUUUGGUUUAUUCUGACCCUGCUCUGAAAGGUGGAAGGUAGUUUGUGCCUCCCAGCUCACUUCCUUCCAUCUUGGAUCAUUGAAGUGCCUUAGAGAAAACAUAACAGCUUGCCUUAAAGGCU